AUGGCGGAUGCGGCAAAUCCUCUCAAAAAAUUCAAGCUCGUGUUUUUGGGCGAACAAAGUGGUGAGUUACUACAACUCAGAUAUUCUGGGAAAAUUUUCGAAUUUUCAGUGGGAAAAACAUCGAUUAUAACUCGUUUCAUGUAUGAUUCAUUUGAUAACACUUAUCAAGCAACUAUAGGAAUUGAUUUUUUGAGCAAAACAAUGUAUUUGGAAGAUAGAACUGUGAGUUUUGAGGGAAUUGGAAUGGAAAAAUGAUGGAAAAUUCUCGAAGUCUUCAAAUUUCGCAUUGUUUUUUUAAAAAUGUGAAAAAUAAUAUUGAAUAAGCUGGGUCACGUUCACGUAUUUUCUAGAAAACAAUUCUUGGUUUAUUAUUUUUUCCUGUCAUUGAGAGAUUCAAAAAAAAAAUUUUUUCAAAAAUCAGAAAAUAACACAUUCAUUUUUUUCACUAUUUUUGAAAAUUCAGAUUGCUGAAAGAUUUUUUUUCUCAUUUUAUUGCCUAAAAAUUGGAAAUGACAAAAAAGUAGUUCCGAAAUUUUGAAGUGGAAUAAUUCCUACUUUUUUCUCAUGACCAGUUUUUCAACAAAAAAGAAUCGAGUCCCAAUUUUAGCCCAAACCCACCUCGGCCAAUUAGCCCUGAGGUAUCGAAAUUUUUAGAUUCGUCUUCAACUUUGGGAUACGGCUGGACAAGAGCGAUUCCGGUCAUUGAUUCCAUCUUAUAUCAGAGAUUCAAGUGUUGCUGUUGUCGUUUAUGAUAUUACCAGUAGGUUUUUUUUUAAUUGCAAGAGGAGGUUCUUCGAAAAAAGCUGGCUUAAAAUAUAAGAAUUUCAGAGAAUUGCAUGAUCUCUAGAUUUUUUUCAGUUUCAGAAACAUUACCGUAACUUCCAACACAGUAUCUCAUUUCAAUUCUAAUUCCAGACUCCAGCUCUUUUCACCAAACCACCAAAUGGGUCGAUGAUGUUAGAACAGAAAGAGGUGGAGAUGUUAUUAUUGUAUUGGUUGGCAAUAAAACUGAUCUGGCUGAUAAACGGUAAUUUUCAUUGAUUUUCUUCAAUUUCUAAAUUCAGCAUUUUCAGACAAGUAACCACUGAAGAAGGAGAGAAAAAAGCGAGAGAUUUGAAUGUUAUGUUUAUCGAAACUUCUGCAAAAGCUGGAUAUAAUGUUAAACAGGUUGGGAGUUUUAUUUGGAGUUCCGAUAAGUUUCAAAAUUUUGCAGCUUUUCCGCAAAAUCGCAACUGCUCUUCCUGGUGUUGUUAAUGAAGAAACAAGUGAUCAACGUGAGUUUUUUCCACCUCUGAAUUUUUUUUCAAAAAAAAAUCUGAUUUUUCCAGCAAAUAUUGUUGUUAUGGGUCCACCUCGUGAUGAAAAUGGAACUGAAAAAUCCGGUCUUGCUAGUCAAUGUUCAUGCUAA